UUUUGUUCAGCUAAUUUUUUUAUUUUCCUUAUACAAAAGUACAAAUUCUUGCCUUCUUAACUUGGAUUCUCUCUCUCUAAAUUUCAAACCAAAAAAAAAAAGCAACGAAAACAAAAUCUCUCUUUCUCUCUCCUCCCCAGAAACAAAUUUGUCAAGCUUUUCUCUCUUUCUCUCUGUCAAAACCGAAACGCAGAAAACAAAACAAAAACACACAACACAGCACAACCCAAACGACUAGCCAACAGCAAAACGCAAACACUCUCCUCAAAACGACAACCGCCACAAAACAACACAACCACCGCCCCUCACCGCCUUCAUCUUCUCUCUCUCUCUUUAGCUCGAAAAGACGAAAACUUAAACCUUUUUGUUACGAAAAAAACAGGGUCGAUGGCUGAAUUCGGAAACAACAACAACAACGGCGCCAACACGACGUCGUCGAGGUUCUCCUUCUUCAACCGUUCCCUCACGACGCUCCGCAACGAAAAACCGCUGCAGCUGGACCGUUCUGUCACGAAGCUCGUCGAAUCUUCGCGCGGCGGCGGCGGCGGCGGCAGCGGCGGCAGCGUCGUCAAGCGCCUUUGCAGCUUCUUCGAAUCCGCAAAAUCUUCCUCUUCUGAACAUCAAAAACUCAAACCCUCGAAAUCGAUCGAAAACUCGGAUCCCUCGGUAAAAUCGCUCGAUUCGCCGGCGAAAUCAAUCGAUUCCUCGCCGGCGAUUCGAUUACCUGGAACCGAGGAUCGGAUCGUGUUGUAUUUCACUAGCUUGCGUGGAAUUCGAAGAACCUACGAAGAUUGCUACGCGGUUCGGAUGAUAUUUCGGGGAUUUAGGGUUUGGGUUGACGAGCGCGACAUUUCGAUGGACGCAAAUUACCGUAAGGAGUUGAUGAGCGUGUUGUUUGGAGAGAAUAACAACAACAACAACAAAAAGAAGGGACACGUGGCGCUUCCGCAGGUUUUUAUAAGGGGGCGGCACGUGGGGGGUGCUGACGUCAUCAAGCACAUGUGGGAGGUGGGGGAGCUGGAGAAGGUUCUGGAAGGGUUGCCCAGAACGAAGGGUGGGUUCGUUUGUGAGAGUUGUGGUGAUGUGAGGUUUGUGCCGUGUGGGAACUGCAGUGGGAGUAGGAAGGUGUUUGAUGAGGAUGAAGGGGUGUUGAAGAGGUGUUUGGAGUGCAAUGAGAAUGGCUUGAUUCGGUGUCCUAAUUGUUGUUCUUGAAGUUCGCAAACAAAAUAAAAAAAGAAGAAAAAUUUGAAACCUUGGUGUGUGUAGUUGUUUUUUUUUGUUGCAUGAAACAUAUAUGCGGUUCCUUACAUGAUUCUGGUGUUGUUGUCCGGUCAGAGUUGGAGUUUCAAGUGCGGAUAGUUUAUAUUACUGAUGUGAAACACUCCAAUUUUACUUUCUUUUUUUUUGGUACUGUUGGACAAUCAGAGUCGGAUUUUCACGUGUGGUGUGAAUGCUUGCAUUGAAGAUCAACAUGGAUUACCGUAGUGAAGCUCAGAAUUGGGGUUUCUUGUGUGUAAUAGAGGUUUGCAUUGAAGAUCAAAGUGGGUUAUCGGAAUUAAACUCCAAUUUUGAUUGGAGGACGACAUGAAAGCAUGUGAAGAACGGCGUGUACGUUUUUUUGGAAGUUGUUUUUACAUAUAUAGGAUGCACAAGUUUAGGUGUGGUUAUUUGAUUUGAAGGAAGGUGAAGGUGCUUGGAUGGAAUGAGUUUGGUUAAAGGUUAUGUGGUGAUUCAAAACACUCUUUGAAUUUUUUGUUUAUUGGGUGUUUUUUCUUCUUUUAUUUUGUGUUAUGAGCUGAUGGUUUGUUUUUUCAGCUCCUUGAACUGCAUUUUGUUCAAGAGUGUGAUUAUUAUCUUCUACACAAAAAAAAUACCAGAUGGAUUUGAGUAUGAUGAUGGCUGUUGAAGUUCAUUCACAAUACCGAGGAGUGUUUCUUCUCGAAACAAUGUAAAUAUUUAGUAUUAUUAUCAAAGGGAUUUGCAAAUAUUGACCAUUACAGUUUAUAUUGAGAGUUUCUAUUUGUCAUCACA